CCACAAUGAUAUGAUAUUUUGUCCACUUUGAGCAUAAGCUCUCAUGGUUUUGCUUUGGCUUCUCUAGAAUGCCUCGUACCAAAGGAGAUUUAUUCUUAUAAAUCUAUGAUCAUUCCUUAAAUUAGCCAAUGUGGGACUCCCUCCUAACAAUCCUAAACAACUUGUUCAUACUCAAAUAACCAGAUAUCAUGGUUGACACUACUCCGACAGGGCAAGGUCAAUGUUUUUUUCCGAUCGAAACGCUUCACGCAAAUGACUGGCGGCGAUCAAGACCACGAGCCUGAAAAAUGUGGCAACGCCACCAAUCACCAACAAAGACCUGCCUCCUUUGAUCCCUCUUCUCUUGUCUCUCCCAAGGCUGUGCCGCCCAUCUCGGCGGCGCCGGACACCGAUCAUGCUCUCCGCCGCCCGCGGGGCCGCCCUGCCGGGUCCAAAAAUAAGCCUAAACCCCCAAUUAUUGUUACUCGAGAUAGCGCCAAUGCGCUUCGAGCCCAUGCGAUUGAGGUUAGUUCUGGGUGCGAUGUCAAUGAGAGCCUCUCGAACUUUGCUCGAAGGAAGCAGCGUGGCUUCUGCAUUCUUAGUGGGAGUGGGUGCGUCACUAAUGUCACGCUCCGCCAAGCUGCCUCCUCUGGCGCCAUUGUUACUCUUCAUGGACGUUUCGAGAUCCUUUCAAUGUUGGGGUCGAUUCUUCCACCACCAGCGCCGUCCGGGAUCACUGGACUGACGAUUUACUUGGCCGGCGCACAAGGGCAGGUGGUCGGUGGAGUUGUGGUGGGUGCGCUCAUUGCUUCCGGUCCAGUCGUGAUCAUGGCGGCGACGUUCAUGAACGCAACAUUUGACCGCCUGCCGUCGGACGACGAAGAAGUGGCAAGCGCUAUACAGAGCCAACACUACGGCCAACAUGGACGGAGCCACCACCACGUGGAUGUGUCGGAUCUGUAUGGCGUGCCGCAGAAUUUGAUCACCAACAGCGCACUUCCGCCGGAAUUGUACUCUUGGGCGGCGGCGGGCAGAACCAUGUCAAAGACUUGAGCUCUAUCAUAUGUUUAGUGAACUUUUUAUUACAACUCAACAAAUACAUUUUUAAUAAAUAUUACCAAGUGGA